GGGAGCGUGCGAAGGAGAAAGGCGAUGCGUACGCGCUCCAAGCCGCGUAUAGCGUCAGUUGUUCUCAAACUGCUCGUCCGGUGACCCGUGUGUGUUUUCUGUGAAUUUUUGUGUUUUUUGGAAAAAUGUAGUGGAGAAUUAUUGUGUUUUUUGUGAGUGCACUGUUACAGUGAAUAGUGUUGUUUUUUGUGGUUUUCUUCACAAUUGGAUGCCGUUCUUAUUGGAUGUUCUUAUUGGAGUGAUGGUGUGAGCGCAUGUCGGCGGUGCUCGAGGCAGCGGCGCGCGGCGACGCGGCGCGGCUCGCGAGCCUCCUGCGCGCGCAGCCCGCGCACUGCGAUGUCGUCGACGAGAAUGGGUGUAGCGCGUUGCAGCGCGCAGCGGCGGACGGGCAUGUCGAGGUGGUGCAACUGUUGCUGCAACACGGCGCCGACCCUAACAAACAAGACCUCGUGCAUGGCAACACCGCGGUCCACGAAGCGGCCUGGAAGGGCUACUCGCGCUGCGUCGCGCUGCUCGCCGCGCGCUGCGAGCUGCGCGCACGCAACGCGGGCGGCUUCGCGCCGCUACACCUCGCCUGUCAGAACGGACAUAACCAGUCUACUAGAGAACUGUUGCUGGCUGGGGCCCCACCGGACCUGCAGAACAAUUACGGCGACACGGCCCUCCACACGGCGGCGCGCUACGGGCACGCGGGCGCCACCCGCAUCCUCAUCUCCGCGGCGUGCCAGGUCGCCGCGCAGAACAAGAACGGCGACACCGCCCUCCACAUAGCCGCCGCCAUGGCGCGCCGCAAACUCACGCGCAUCCUCCUCGAAGCAGGCUGCGACAAGACACUCAAGAACCACCAGGGGGAAACCGCUAGGGAUAUAGCCACAAGAAAAGGCUUGGAUGAAAUCAUCGCCAUCUUGAACACCCCUGUCGCGAAACAGAAGAAGAAACGAGACAAAAGCAAGGAGAGAACUAUAGACGAACCUGACGCUCCAAAGAAAAAAGAUGGAAAGAAAAAGAAGAACGUUCACUUCGAAACGCCAGCACCUGUCCAGUGGUCCCCAUAUGGAUGCCAUUACUAUCCAGACCCGAAAUACUUCCCGAAGCCCAAGUUAAGCUCGCUUCCCACCGAACCGCUUAGAAAAGGCGAACAGUACUUCUUAGAUUUAGCGGGGAAUAUCAAAAAAGGCCCAAUUGGAGCUGGAUACACGUGCUACUGCGCACCAUUCUUUAAACAUAUGGAAGAGAAGAUGAAUGAGGAUAAGAAGGAUUUGAAACGGCACAUAGACAGGGCUCAUGAGAGACUCGAUCAGAAAGUAACAGAUUUAGAGAUGAAGACGCAAGGACAGAUAUCGGAGUUGACAAGGUUUGUGGCGGCUGAGAGAGCGUUGUGCAAAGAGCGCCAUCAGCAUUUAGAACACUGGCUGACGAGAGGCGUAAUGUUUAGAGCUUCAGAAAGAGUCAGGAAAUUAGACUACAGCCCUAAAGGCUCCUUAGACAUACCUCCCAUGAAAAGGACGAGAAGUCUCGAAAUCUUGGAUCAUUCUGAAGAGUGGAAUAAAGUCAACAAACUGAUAAAGAGCUUCAACCAAACCGCUGAGCAUUACGAAAGCCAUCCCAAGGAGCGACCUGAUAAACUGACGUCGAAAAGCACAGAAGUGCUGGACACCAGAUCACCACCAACUCCUAGAAGAAAGUAUAUUCUUAAGAAUUCUAUGAGCAGUGAUCAAUUAGAUGCUGGUCCUAGUCGCAUGUCGAGAUCACCUCAUACUACUGCUUCAGGACCAAGUCCAGAUCAGAGCCGCUUACAUAAUGUUACUGCUGAAAUACAUGUCAAGGCGAAUAAAAUAUCUGUAUCACAAUCCCCAGUCUCCAUGGAGGUUCAAGGGUAUAACGAGAGAUUUGCCUCACCUAGUCGACAAUCGAAUACUAAGUCACCCAGCAGCAGCAGAGACUUUAAAGUCAGCGAUUCUGAAGAAAGAAAAAGGGACCAAUCUCCUGGCGUGCCAGCAUGGAAGAGCCAAGUCUUACAAAGAACGGCAGACGAUAUUAGAAAGAGAGUCAUGCUCGAAAAAGAAAUGUCCCAAGUCGUUAUGAGAAACAACGCGAAAUCUUUAGAUAUAUCGCAAGACGGUUACGUUAAGCUCCAUAAACAACCAAGUAACUAUCAAGUUCGAGAAGAGAACAGUGUAGAAAGAGAACCAAGAAAGUCAGUUCAGGAGUUAGUAGCGCAGGUAGAACAGCAAAGAUGUCAGUCUCCCGAAAGAAAGCCCACCGAAGAACCUCUACCCGCAGUCUCUCCAAACCCUGGCAUACUCAAAAUGCCUCAACAACCACAAAGACCAGCGCCAGUGUUAAAAGAAAAACCGCCUAAAUCAAAACGCUUCAGCUUGCAUAACCUCAUCCCGUUCCCAACAAGAAAGACUUUCCAAACCCCACCGAAAGACAAUGGAAACAAUUCAGAAAGCAGCGACGAAGAGGACAAUCCAAUAAGAACUACGAACACACCCGGGCCCAUGAAGAACACCAACCUCCUUCAAACCCUUCCUCUACCUAACUACGAAACCAUGUCCACCAAAUCUCAAUCCCCCGCCCCGCAAACACAAAAACCUUACCCACCAGACUUAAGACCCAUGAUCCCUAAAGACGCCUACUUCCACGAGAUACCAAACCGUCAAAACCACCAACUGCCCUACAGAGAAAUGAUCGAAAAUGGCUUACCUACACAAUACAACUACGACUACAACCAAACAGGUCUACCUCAAACGCAAGUCCAACCUAGAAACAGGAACCCAUUAUACCACCACCAAACAGGCGUCUUCGACGCUAUGAUGCAGGAUCACAUUAUAAGGGAAAUGGAUAGAAUACCCCACUGCUACAGCGAGCAUUUGGACCAGAAUACUGAAGUCGAAAUCGCCAAUCAGAACGAAUUUGGUUACUACGACAACCGGCCGCCUUAUUACAAUCCAAAGCCCGUUCCUGAUCAUAAUUUACUCCACAGCCGGCUUCAAUCUCUAGCUAUUAACACGCAUUUGACAGAAACACAAUCUCAAACAGACAGGGAAUCCCAUAAUGACUCAGGUUACAGUACUAAGGUGUACGGGAGUUCGCAGGGGCCGUCACCAAGUCUCUCUGGCCAUGUCGACGGUUCGGACAAUCUAUCUGGUCAGCGGAUCAAUAUUGUGCCGAAUGGGAAGCCGGUUAUGCCCAUUGGAAAGCCUGUGAUACCCAUUGGGGCUUCUAGUUUAGUUUAACCCUUGUCUUUGACUUUUUUGGUCUUUUUCCGUUUUGGAGAUAAUUCUUUAUCUAAAGGCACAGUUGAUCCUCAAUCAAAAUCAUUGAUUUAAAAAAAAUCAUUGAUGUUUAGUUUGGUAUCGCUUUGACAAGAGCAAGAAAGUAAAAGCUUAAACUUCCAAGAGGGACCCCAUAUCUAUUCUUUAGUCUUAAAUACUAGAAGCCCACCUCAAGUUUUAAUAAAUGGGUUACUUUGAUUUUCAGCUACGCAAGACGACGCUUAGCUUUUUUACUUAUAAAUGUACAGUCGCCAUCAGAUAUAUCGGAGCGGCCAAGGUGUUCACAAAAUCUGAACACGCACUCUAACGCUUUGACAAUAGAGGCGUGUUCAGAUAUUUGUGAGCGCCUUGGCUGCUCCGAUAUAUCAGAUGGCGACUGUACACCUUACAAAUUAUCACGAUUCACUAAUAAAGUUUGGUAUUGAUUGAUAAUAUUGACAUUUUAAUACAUUUACUUACAGACAGGUCAAGUAACCAGUCAAAAAGAAAUGAAGAGGAAUCUAAGUCAUACGUUUACUUUGCCUCUUAUAAUAUACUCAUUACUAGUAUUUUGUACAAUUAAAUACUUGUUUAAGUUAAAUUGCCUGUAGAAUAAUCGAGUACAAAUAUUUUAAUGCCACGUAGAUUUAGAUAGAUAUGUAGACUAAGCACUCAAAAUAAUAAAUAUAACUUUGUAUGUAUGAAUCACAAGCACCCCUAUUUUUGUAACAGUAAAUAAUAUAAAAAUUAAAAAAAUACGAACACAAUAGACCAAUGAGUGAAAAAAAAAACGUAAAGUAUCCACUGACGUAAUAUUUUGACGGCUUUAAAAGUUCAAUUUAAAAAAAAAUUGGAAAAUUUAAAGUCCGUCAUAAUAUUUAUAAUUAAGAUAGUAUAAGUACUGUGGUUGUAUAAGAUUGGUAAAGUCUCGACUUGGACAGCUGAAGAAGAUGGCGUUGCACGGCGGCGCCAUAGAUUGUCAAACGUCAACUUUGACAAACAUAACUACCGCAUUAUAUACGAAGCCGUACAAUACAACGCCAUUUAUAUUAGCUGUCAAAUUCACACGCACUGCCAGGGGGCGUGGCCUAGAAACAUACUUGUAUGACGGUGAACGCACGCCACAGACAAAGCAUCCUCCAGACUGAGCAUAGUAGCGCUACCCCCUCUGCCAUGCAUACGGUAGUUUUACUCCAUGUUCAAGUCGAAAAUGUCUUUGUGUGACGUCCGUGUCUUUGAACGGACCAAUAACCGCACGGGAUCUCGCUCACUUCGUCCCCCGCACCUCCGUAUUUUUUGCAGCAUCGGUUUCAUGAAAUAAUUGCUCUAAACUCGGUCUAGAGGAUUCCUAGUCUAUGAGGCACGCAGUGAAUGUGUUAAACUUAUACAAACAAUGAAUUUUUGGUUAGGACUAAGUACAAAUAUAAUUAUAGAUUUUGAUGCCAUGUGUGACAGAUUUGUAUGCAGUGUUUUUGAAAAUGGUUUGUAAAUAGCCUAUUUCUAAAUAAAUACGUAACAUAGGUUAAACCAAGUUUGUUUUCAUGUAAAUUGUCAUAUUUAUUUUGUAAUUUUGUACUGAUUGAUUCUAAUAAAAUGCACUUUUGAAGUGUCACAA